AUGGAAUCGAUAAAUGUUGAUUUAAAAGAAAAACGAAUGAAUGCAAAUGAAGAAUCUGGCAAAUCGAGGCAGUCAAGCUUAGACGAAUGCGUUGAAAGGGCUGCAGAUAUAUUGAAAGAUCUUGAAGAUGCAAAACAAUCUGGAAAGACUAAAUAUCCUUUUAAAUUUAAGAAAUGUGUGCUUAAGGCGGGUGAUAUUGGUCGAUGCAUUUAUAUGAUGGAAAAGUACGCCACCGAUUACAAGGCUAUGAGUCUGGAUCCUCGAAAUGCAUUUAUGGAUUCUGAAUCUACAUUGGCUAGAAAAAUACGAAUAUUCAAGGAAACAAAUGAAUAUCAACUUUAUCUUAUGAAGAAAGGUGAAACUUAA